AUGGGACGAACACUCACAUACCCCAAGCGGAUAUCCAACACCGCCAACCGGUACAAGCAUCGUGCCACCUAUGACCUGGGCCCUAUCCACUCCAUCAUCAAUGCUUCUCAGGUCCUCCAUGUCUCCUUCAACCCAGGGCCCGAGGACCCAUUCCCGGCCAUUCUCCCCAUGAUCGGCCAGAUGGGAUCCUACGAAUUCCCGUCCGCAAGCAUUGACGAGCCGCUGGACUGUUACCUUCACGGCUAUGUCAGCUCGCGCAUUAUGAAGCUGGCCUGUAACUCCGAAGGUGACGGCCUGCCUAUCUGCGUGGCCGCCAGCAAAGUGGACGGUCUGAUCCUGUCUCUGACCCCGAACUCCCAUAGCUAUAAUUACCGCUCGGCAAUUCUGCACGGCUACGCCAAGCUAGUCACCGAUGAAGAGGAAAAGCUUUGGGCCAUGAAGCUCAUCACCAACUCCGUCGUCACCAACCGCUGGGACAACUCGCGCGUACCGCCUGACCGUGCUGAGAUGCGAUCGACUGUCAUUCUGAAGGUCAAGAUCGUGGAUGGCAGCGGCAAGAUCCGCGAUGGUGGGGUCUCCGACGAGCGCAAGGAUUAUGGCAACGAGGAGAUCACGAACCGCAUCUGGACUGGUGUGGUCCCCGUCUGGGAGACAUUUGGAGAGCCCAUCCGUAGCGGUGAUGGCACACUGGGCGAGGUUCCGGAGCACAUCACGUCGUUCAUUGCUACCAAGAAUAAGCAGAAUCGCGCUUUGGCGGAGGCGGCGGUCAAGGUGACCCUCCCUCAGGAGGAGCAGCAUUGA